UGUUGGGCUCAUCGAGCUGCCGUCCAAACAUUCAGGUAGAAUAUCUGGAGGAAGAGCAGGGAACCGAGAGCUGCAGGAAGGCGGUAGGCUUCAGUUUACUUAAAAACGUCAGCCAACCAGCCUGCCACACAGCGAGACAGACAAAGAGGAGCAGCAUCCUGCAAGAGGACCGCACGCUCCCGGGGGAUGGGGCACCAUACCCCUGCAUCGCGUUGGGGGUGUCGGAGGAGGCACAGGAGAGCCAUUCAGAGGAGUCGAGGGUCAAAGGUGAGAAGAGCAGAGGGCACCAUGGAGAGUGAACCCGGGGCCCCUGCCUCUACGGCUGGUGGUACUGGGACUGUUUCCACUACCAGCAGCUCCUCCACCACCACCCCCACCCCAACCAGCAGCUCCUCUAGUGCCACGGCUGUUAGCACUACUUCUAACACUACAACCACUGCCUCUACCACAUCAGGCAGCAGCAACACCAGUGUUAGUAACAGCAGUAGCAGUGCUACAAGCAGUGCUACCAGUAGCAGCGGUUCAGCAGGAAGACAGGCCGUGUCGCAGAUAUCCAUCUAUAGUGGCAUACCUGACCGACAGACUGUACAGGUUUUUCAGCAGGCGUUACACAGACAGCCCAACACAGCAGCACAGUACCUGCAGCAGAUGUACGCUGCCCAGCAGCAGCAUCUGAUGCUGCAAACUGCGGCCCUCCAGCAGCACAGCCUGAGCACCGCCCAGCUGCAGAGCUUAGCGGCCGUACAGCAGGUCAGCAAACCAGCCUCUCCGGCCAGUAUUGCAGCUGGCAGGCAGAGCUCCACACAGAAUGGCACUUCAUCACAGCAAACUGGCUCUACUCAAGCUACAAUAAACCUGACCACAUCCCCAGCAGCAGCACAGUUGAUUAGUCGGGCCCAGAACAUAAGCUCCACCCCCACCAGUAUCUCCCAGCAAGCUGUUCUGCUCGGCAGCCAGUCCGGAGCCACUCUCACGCCCAGCCAGGCCCAGAUGUACCUACGGCAGCAGAUGGCUCAGCAGAGUAACCUGGUGCAGGUGGCCAGGAGUCUGGGCCGGGCCGUUCCUCUGCCCCAGCAGCUCAUCUUCACCCCAGCUGCCACAGUGACGGCUGUCCAGUCUGAGAGUGCCACACAAGCCUCCUCACAGAACCAGGUUCAGAAUUUGGCUAUUCGUGGCCAGCAGGGGGCGACCACAUCCUCCUCUCAGACUCAGACCCUUCCUCUCAGCCUGAAGCAGAGCCCAGUACCCAUUCAACCAGCUUCACUUGUGAAGAAUCCCAGCCAAGGGACCCAGACCUCCUUAGCUGGGAAGUCCAGUCCCUCUGAGAUUCCCUUAGAUGGAGGAAAGAAAGGAGACGGUCCCGCCGUCUCAGAAGUUCGAGCCAUAAAUAUGAGCCGCAGCAUCACAGCUGUGAAUGCUCAGCCUCUUAUCGCACCUGCUUACACCCAGAUUCAGGCUCAUCCUCUGGUUCAGCAGCACAAACAGCAGCAGCAGUUCGUAGUCCAGCAGAGCCAAGGUUCCCAAAGGACAACAGGCCAGCUGCUGCAGACUUCCUCCAUUCAGGCAUCACAGGCCCCUGUGCCUGUUCUACCCAAGCCUGCGCCUCAGCAGCCCUCCACUCCCAGCCAGCAGGCCACCAUCUUCCACUCCACCCUCAGCCCUCAUGCUCUUCACUCCUCACUUAACCAAGCCAAGGCUCAGCCAGUCCAACUCACAGCGAUCAACCUGCAAAUACAGCCAACGACCCCACGACCUGUUCAGGACAUUAAAGAUAAGCCAACCUCGUUAGUAGUUAGAGAGACGUGUCAGACACCAUCGAAUCAGCAGCAGCAGCAGCAGCAGCAAAGACCUGCAUCUUCUCCAUCACAGCCCUUCAAGCCUGCAGAGCAGCCAAAGGUUAACGCUGCCACCCCACCUGUUCCAGCACAAGAAGGCGGCUCAGCCAAGAGGCCAAGUGUAACGCAUGGGACCCCACCUCCAGCUAUGACCUCUGGAAAUGAGAGCGAAGCGCCCACCGUAACGGGCAGCGCGCCGCAAAAUGGAGAGAACAAACUGCCCCAGGCCAUCGUCAAACCCCAGGUCCUCACACAUGUCAUCGAAGGCUUCGUCAUCCAGGAGGGAGCGGAGCCAUUUCCUGUGUGUGUGGAGCGUCUGCCGAUUCUCAUCGAUAGCCCAAAGAAACUGGAUCAUCAGCUGUCCUCAGACCCAGACAAAACUCCCCUCAGCAAUGCAGCGAACAGCGACUCCGAGCCUGAGGACAUGAACCAACCAGAAAAAGAAGAACCCAAGCUGACCUGUGAGUACUGCGGCUGCGUGGACUUUGCGUACACCUUCAAGGGAUCGAAGAGGUUCUGCUCUGUGGUUUGUGCAAAAAGGUACAACGUGGGCUGUACAAAACGGGUUGGACUUUUUCGUCCUGAGAAGAAUAAAUCAAGUCGGUGGCGUAAAAGGUCUCAUGGACGUUCCAGUAUAGAAGCAAAGAAGCAGAAAAUGUCCCUGUCACCUCAGCAGCCUCAGGGAGGCUCUAUAUCCUCGCCACAUGCCUCUCAGCCCAGUCAGGAGGAGUCCAGCCCGUGUUCAGACAUGUCCAGCUAUGAAGAGCCACCAUCUCCCAUGUCAGCAGCCAGCUCAGGACCCCGCGCUCCCGCUCCGACCUCAGCCCAGGUCCCCGUCCAUCGACAAGCAAGCAAGUCCUCAGAGCAAGAGAGCUGUGGCGCAAGAGAUGUACCCUCAAUCGGCGAUCGCUUCAUGCCCAAUGACCCCACCAAGUGGAACGUAGAAGAGGUUUAUGAGUUCAUCUGUUCUCUCCCAGGUUGUCAAGAGAUUGCUGACGAGUUUCGCUCUCAGGAGAUCGACGGACAGGCAUUGCUCCUGUUGAAAGAGGACCACCUAAUGAGCACUAUGAACAUUAAACUGGGACCUGCACUUAAGAUAUUUGCACGCAUCAACAUGCUCAAAGACUCAUAGCAAGUGUUGUGUGUGAGUUGAGGUGACGGCACUAGCAGCACUGAUUGCUCAGUAACUCGGACUUCUCAGCACUACUGGACCACUUCCUCUAUCAACACAAAUGAACUCAUCCUGCUUCUAUUUCACCAGCCUGUAGUAAUCGGAGUCAUUUUGUCAUAUUUCUGCAGGCGUGGAUUUAAAAAAAAGAGCCUUACAGGGUCAUUUAGUGCUUAGAUUUGAAAAGUUGUGGUUAAGGUCAAAUCACGCAACUUCAAAAACAAACUAAAAAUGCCUAGCAUUUCUAAUGUACUGUCAGGAAGCUAAAAAGUGCUGGUUAAUCUGUACGAGUAAGAAAACCCACCUGAUCAGUGUUACGUUACCACCAUUAGCUAUACUUUAUUCAGUAAACCAGGAUUUUGCUCCACAACACCAA